AUGUCCAUGGAGGUGACGUUCCUCGGCACGGGCUCGGCCCACCCGUCCCCGUCGCCGGCCGCGUCGGCCGUGGCGCUCCGCAGGGAAGGGCAGUGCUGGCUCUUCGACUGCGGCGAGGGGACGCAGACCCAGCUCAUGAGGAGCCACCUGAAGGCAGGUAGAAUUACAAAGAUUUUCAUAACUCAUCUUCACGGUGACCACUUUUUUGGGCUUCCUGGCCUGCUGUGUACCCUGAGCCUCCAAAGCAGCCCUGACUCAAACAAACCACCCGUGGAUAUUUAUGGGCCGUUAGGACUACGAAGCUUCAUAUGGAGGACUCUGGAGCUCUCCCACUCGCAGCUUCUGUUUCCUUACGUUGUUCAUGAGCUCGUACCGACACGGGACCAGUGCCCUGCAGAAGAGUUUAAAGAUUUUUCUUCCCUGGACAAGGACGACACAUCUCCAGGGGAAGCCCAAGGGCGGAUCCUCCACCUGGAUCCUGUGGAAAACUCGUACUUGCUGGUGGAUGAUGAGCAGUUUGUAGUCAAAGCCUUCCGCCUCUUCCACCGCAUUCCUUCCUUUGGCUUUGCAGUGGAAGAGAAGCCACGGGCGGGUAAACUCAACGUGCAAAAACUAAAAGAACUUGGAGUUCAGCCAGGUCCUCUCUAUGGAAAACUGAAGAAUGGUAUAGCAGUAGUUCUAGAAAAUGGAGUAACAAUUUCUCCUGCAGAUGUCUUGGAAGAGCCUAUUCCUGGAAGAAAAAUUUGCAUUUUAGGGGACUGCUCAGGGGUGGUUGGUGAUGCAGCCAUGAAGCUUUGCUGUGAAGCAGAUAUGUUGAUUCAUGAAGCCACGUUGGAUGAUACCCAAGAGGAGAAGGCCAGAGAGCAUGGUCACAGCACCCCAAAAAUGGCCUCUGGCUUUGCCAAAUCGUGUAAAGUUAAGAAACUGGUUUUGACUCACUUCAGUCAACGUUAUAAACCAGCCACGCAGAUGGGUGAAGGAGAUGCUGACAUCACAGAGCUGAAGAGACAGGCAGAGUCAGUGUUAGAUGGGCAAGAGGUCACACUCGCUGAGGAUUUUAUGACAAUAGAAGUUCCAAUGAAAAAGCAAAAAUAGUAUU